AUGAGCGUGACGGGCGACGACCCCGACGCGGAUCACCAUGCCGAGCUGGCCGACACGGUGGCAGCCAUGAGCGUCAACACGCCUACUGCGCCCAACGGCUAUCGCUCGGCCGCCUCUCACCGGGCCCGCUUCUCCAACAGAAAGUUGUCCCUGCAGGAGCGCGGCGGACGCGUCUUCAGGCAGCCUACCAUCGAAACCAAGAGGGUGUCCAUCACUGACACAGAGGACUUUGUGCAGCUGAACCAGUACAAGCUCAAAAAAGAAAUUGGAAAGGGUUCCUACGGCGUGGUGAAACUGGCUUACAAUGAAGAUUCGGAACAGUAUUACGCUAUGAAGGUUGUUUCUAAGAAGAAGCUCAUGAAGCAAUUUGGUUUUCUGCGUCGCGCGAUGCCCCCCCAGCAGGAGGGCUUCCCAAAGGCUUCCCUGCCCUUGGAGAAGAUCUAUCGCGAGAUCGCCAUUCUCAAGAAGCUGGACCACCACAAUGUGGUCAAGUUGGUGGAGGUUCUUGAUGAUCCUGACGAAGAUGGACUUCACAUGGCCUUCGAACUGAUGACCAGAGGUCCUGUGAUGGAGGUGCCCACUGAGGAGCCCCUGACUGAGGAGCAAGCUCGCUUUUACUUCCGAGAUCUCGUCCUGGGCAUCGAGUAUCUGCACUACCACAAAAUUAUCCACCGGGACAUCAAACCGUCCAACCUGCUCCUGAGCGAUGACGGCCACGUAAAGAUCGCUGACUUUGGCGUGAGUAACGAGUUUGAGGGAGCGGACGCGCUGCUGUCCAGCACGGCCGGCACCCCCGCCUUCAUGGCACCCGAGACCAUGGAGGAACACCAACGAGAGUUUAGUGGCAAGGCGUUAGACGUGUGGGCCAUGGGGGUAACACUCUACUGCUUUGUCUAUGGAAAGUGUCCUUUUUAUGAUGACUACAUCGUUUCUCUGCAUAACAAGAUCAAGAACAAGCCUGUGGAAUUCCCACAAAUGCCUCAGACAAGCGAAGAACUGAAGCAUCUCAUUCAAAACAUGUUGGACAAAAAUCCACAAAGCAGAAUCACUGUCCCGCAAAUUAAACUCCACCCAUGGGUGACAGAGUCAGGAGCGUGCCCUCUUCCGCUGGAGGAGGAUCAUUGUACGGCAGUGGACGUGACAGAUGAGGAAGUUCAGAACAGCGUCACACUCGUUUCCAGCCUCUCUGCUGUGAUUUUGGUGAAAUCAAUGCUCAGGAAGCGCUCAUUCAGCAAUCCCUUUGAGUGUCACGCCAGACGGGCAGAGAGGUCCAUGUCUGCCCCCGGUGGUCUUUUAACGUAA